AUGGAGACCACCCCGUUACCGUUCCUCCACGAAAUAGAGAAGCUCAAGCACCUACCGCGCACAGGAUGGCUCAGAACAAUGCAACACGUCGAGAGCGUAGCAGCGCAUAGUUUCCGAGUGGCGAUACUGGCCUAUCUCGCUCCAAAUGAUUUGAAUUUGGACAUUUUCAAAUGCAUGAAAAUGGGCUUGUUCCAUGACCUGGGAGAAUCGGUGAUCGGAGACAUUCCUUCCUUUAUCGGUUUUCAAGAAGACAAGAAAUACAAAAUGGAGCAAAAUGGGGUACAAUAUCUCGAAAGCCUACUACAAUCCUAUAGUCCGGAAAACGCUGCUGAGAUACUAUCCUUAUGGGAGGAACAUGAAGAAGGUAAAACUCCCGAAGCCCAAUGGGUACGAGAGAUGGACAAGUUUGAGUGCCUUUUGCAGGCACAUGAAUAUGAACAGCGGACAUACGGCGAAAAAAAUCUCGACGAGUUCCAGGGUCAAGUGGCCAAAGUUCAUUCUCAGGAGGGAAAACGCGCAAAUGUGGAAAUGGAAUUGAAAACCUGGAAAGCUCCAGUUAAGGAUUUUGAGGCUGAUCUAGACAGGUCAGCCUCUUAUUUUGAGAAGGUUGCCGGCUCAUAUGAUCAACUCUGUGAAAGGAGCAAGAAAGUGAUGAGAAUUUUGAUUGAACGUGAAAAGGCAGAAUAG